GGCCUGAUUUCGCGCUCCUGAAGGCAUCCCGCCAUUGGCUGCAGGUCGGCAACGGACGAUGGCAGCGGGCAUCGGCACGGCAGAAAGGGAGAGCCCUGGCGUCUUCUGUGAUGCCGGUCUUCGCCGCCGCCGCCGCAGUGGACCGAGCGCGGAAAAGCCUUCUUCGUACACUGGUUUUCUCCUGCCUUCCUCUCCCACCGCGACGCGGUCGUCGCUUGCCGGAGUCCCCCCGCGAAAGUUGAACGAGACUCCUCGGCGCGCAUCCUCCAGGGGCGAUCGCUCUUCGCGAAGGUCCGCACGUUCUCCCAGCGGUUGAGUGGGCAUGAACCGACGGUCGCUACAGCCCGAGCGGCUGCGCCGAAGUCGCUCCGGCGUGACCCUCAACGGUGCCACGGCCAGGGUCUUCGUUGUCUGCGUCGUAUUCGCGGUCACCAGCUGCUGCGCCAGUGUCGCACUAGCCGAUGAAAACGCGGCCCCAUUGGGAGAUGUAACGACGUCCUCAGCUUUCGCAGAUGACGACAGUACAACGAGAAAUGAUCCCGCCGACGAUGCGACGCCGCAGCCGCCUCCCAAGCUCACCUGGGAAGGAUUUAUGCACAACAUGACAACCAGCUUCGGGACUGUGCUGCACAAGAUCUUUCCCCUCAUGGUCAGGGCCAGCUCGGAAGUGGAAAUCGGGCCUGAAUGUAUGGCCAGCUACUUCAAGCUCUUCCUUGGACUCCGGAAACUCAAAGGCUGGGCGGUCAGACUGGUGGACGCGACGGGCAAGCCAGCCGAUGGCCUCCUGGAGGGCACAAUGGCCUUCGUUGGUGCCUUCGACGAGUGCCUGGAUACGGUUGUCUGGGACGAGCACGACAGCUCGCGGCUCGUCUUCCGAGGUCGCUACUGCACCGCCCAAGUAGCACCCAAGUUCACGCUGAGGGACCUAUUCCACAACGAGUCCCAGGCCCACAACGAGCUGGCUACGUACCUACCGAAGAAGGCCAUGCUGAAAAAUGCGCUACGAAUUCCGGGAAAUCACGUGAUUUUUCGGGUUGGCCUUUGCGUCCCUUCAACAUGCUCUAAAGACGACAUUGAACGGAUGGUAAAAUACACCGUGAAACAGAUGGACAUGAAAGCCGAGGUGACCGAAUGCUUGCAGAGGGACGAAAACAAGCCGCUGUCUGUUAUCCAAAUCACUGUCAUCACGUUACUUGCCGCUUUCCUGUCGCUGACGAUCAUAGGCACCGUUACGGACAUCACAAUCAAGGAGCGACGUCAUCCCAAGGCACCGGCCUCCGAGAAACACGGCAGACCCCUGGAGGCACUGCUGUGCUUCUCGGCGUACAGCAACGCGCGCAAGCUUUUCGCGCCAGAGGACAAACCGGACAGCCUGCGGGCGCUUCACGGCAUCCGCUUCCUGUCCAUGACUUGGAUCAUCUUCGGCCACAGCUACUUCUUCAUCGAGCACGUCCAGCCCUUCCGCGGGCUGUUCAAUGGCCACGAGAUGUACUCGGACAAUUUCUUCUUCUCCGGCGUCAUCAAUUUCACGCUGGCCGUGGACUCGUUCUUUUUCAUCAGCGGUUUGCUGGUCGUGUACACCAACUGGAAAGAGCUCACGGAGUCUAACGGCCGCCUCAACGUAAUCAGGUUCCUGUUCAACAAAUACUGGAGGAUGAUGCCGCCUCUUCUUCUAUCCCUGGGCCUGUUGUUCCUGAUGCCCGUCCUGGGAGACGGCCCUUUCUGGAACGACAUCAUGGGCACCGAAAUCCGCCUCUGCGAGAAGUCCUGGUGGUCAAAUCUUUUGCUCAUCAACAACUUCUGGGAUUCGAAGGAGAUGUGUCUCGUCGCCACGUGGUACCUGGCGUGCAACUUCCAGUUCUUCGUCCUGUCUAUUUUCAUCUUAAUACCGCUGUACAAUUGGCCUACUGUGGGGUUGACCGCAACAUUCUUGCUGCUGCUGGCCGGGAGCAUCGUAUCCGGCGUUAUCACGUUCAUGUCUGAUCUUCCCCCGGGGCUCAUUUUCUACCCGGACCUCGACACUGUGUCUAACCUGGUGACCUACGUGUACCACAAGCCUUACAACCAUAUUGGAUCCUACUGUGUCGGCGUAUUUCUGGGAUACGUCAUUGUGAGACAUCGAGACAUCAAACUCAAGCCGCUCACGCAGGUGAUUGGAUGGUGCACGUCAUUCUCGGUGGGCGUGGCAGUGCUGUGGGCAGCUUACCGCUGGAACGCCGAGCUGCCCAGCGCUCCUGUGGCCGCGCUGUACGCCGCCACGCACCGCGUCGCCUGGUGCAUCGCGCUUGCCUGGCUGACCUUCGCUUGCGUCGCGGGACACGGAGGCUUCCUGGACUCCUUGCUGUCGUGGCCGCCGUUCAACGCGCUGGGGAACCUGGCCUUCAUGGCGUACCUGAUGCAUCCGCUGGUCAUCCUCUACCACUCCAGCAGGACCAGAGACCUCAUCUAUUACAGUCAGUACGAGAAGGUGUACGCCUUCUGCGGCCAUUUCCUCAUCACGCUGGUGCUGUCAACGUUCUUCUACGUGAUCGUCGAGAUGCCGUUCACGCGGGUAGGAGCGAUGCUGCUCCGGACGCGCCUCUUCCGCAAGCCAUCGCGGCGCCCGGGCGCCGUCAGCGGUGGCGGGACCGAGAGCGGCCCGGGAGUGCGGAAGCCGUCCAGACCGGCCUCGGCCAUUGUAGCCGACAUUGCUCGCGGCGUGACGCCGUUGGCCUUCAUCAAGGCCAGGGCCCACGGCACCGCGAGGCGCAGCGGUUCCGCGCAGGCCGCCGAGCUGAGUGCCACCCCCGACUGCGGCAGGCCCACCAACGGACGCUUCCGGAAGACCGGAGACUCGAGCCACCUAUGAUGAGGGUGAAGUGGGCCGGGGCAAGACACGCCUAUGCGCCCUCUUUGUGACGUCACAUAGGGUAAUCGGUGCCUUUGUACGCGCCUUUCUGCAAAUGAGGGACACGAGUACCGCUUUGCCUUCACGCUCCACGAAGCUGACGCAAGAACCUAACCUUACGCUCAGUUUAAUGCUCAAAUGGCUUAAGCCAUUGGGUUGGUUGCUUCAUGGCGGGUAAAAGAAAAUCAAUGAUAUGCUUUACAUCCUUUAACUCCAAGAAAGAGAAGUGAAAUUGAAUGCAAAUAUGAUUAGACGUGAAUUAAGCUUUAUGGCAAUGGCAGGCCUUACAGAUGCAAAUACAUGCUUAGCGGUCGUUUCUCUGCGAGAAAGCGUGACAUAUUACUCUAGGGCAUUUGUUUAACAAAGAUGCCCUGUAUCGCAGGCUUGUUUGCUAGACAUUGGAUGCGCGCAUUAUGCCUUGCUUUAUUAUUUUUUUUCUUUACGUGCUGAAGUUUAUCUUUCUCUCGGCGGCAUUGUUUUAGUGGAAAGGAAACUGGAGGCUUCUCCCCAUAGCUGCACGGGUAUGCUAAUUCUAGGUAUUCAUCAAGCUGUCCGUGACCUUGUUACUAACCGUCGUGGCGGGUUUCACCGACGAAAGGGGCCGCAAACGAGAAGAUGGCUAGCAUUCGACAAUGACCUUUUUUUACGGAAGAAAUGUUUUGCGAACCCGGUGCCAUGCAUUUUAAGGAGCUUACAGAAUUCAUAUAGUGCAUCCCUCCCUCCGCCCUCCCCCCUUUUUUUUUGCCUGUCACACGGAUGAUCUAGGUGAUUACACCGUGAGCAGCAAUAUUUGUGAUCGACGGCUUAAGUAGUUGCUACACUUCUUUUUUUUACAUACGUGGGGGCAUAUUCGGCAGAGGUAAAACGGAUUUUCUUCUUAUAUUGAAUGGUUUCUCGACAGUGUCAAACAACUUUUCCAACCUAAUGCGGUGGAAUUCAAAAGUGAUCAUCUUUUACUCGGCGAGCCUUCCGUUCAGUAUUUUUUCAUACAUGAUUACUGUCAUUGAAAGCCCUUCUAUCUAGAACACAGGGUAAUUUCGCAGGAAAAAUACGACCGCGCACUUGUGUGGUAUCACUCAUUCUGUUUGUUAGAAAUAUUUAGCAUGCAUGCACUUGCCACCGACUGCACAUGCUUUGUCCAUAGUGCACGAAUAGGUGUCAAAUCUUCGUAGUUAGCCCUCAGAGCAAAAGUUGCCCAGUCGCUCUUUCGUCCUAACGUAACCGAAAGCGGUGCGUACUGUCAAUAAGCCUGGGCUUUAAUCUGACACGGAACUUCACUGCGUGAGAUGUUCCGUGAUAGUGUCUUUGGCACUGAUUGCAACACAGGGUCUGUAACGUUAUUACCGAAUUCGAUGAAUUCCUUUUUAGUAUCAUUUAUCUUUGACGUUGUUCUCUUACAUUUAGUUCGGUGUGUGUUUAUCUGACGGCGUUCCAAGAGUGGUGGAGUGUGCGUAUGGACAAUUUCCGAUGUUUAUUCUGAUGUGUGCUACUUUGACAGCACUUCCAAAACAUUAACAUUUCUCGUUAACAGCUUUACUAAGCAGUGUAUACUUCCCUAUAUGACAGCUGUUAUUAUCGGGUUCAAAAAUCAAAGCACUUUCCGCACAUUCAUACUAAAGAACACCCAUGUUUCCUUUGCUUCAUUAAUACCGUAUAUUAUGUAUUUCACGUCUCUGUAAACUUGAUGAAAAAAAAAAAGACUUUGGCGUUCUAUUACGUGAUGCUAGCCAUGCAUGAUACAAGCUUCGAGGUCUUUAGCGAAAGAUGGUACGGCAGUAUUUCUUUUUUAUCUUAUUUUUUUUUCUUUUUCUCGUAGAAAGAUAUAUGCUCGUUUUAUGUUGGCGAUCUUUCUGUGAAUAAAUGUUUUGUUCAUCAGCGUU